AUGGGUUGCGGGUGGUGGGAAUGGCGGUGGGCACCCCUGCUGCUUGCCUUGAUGUUGGCAAAGCCGGUGCAAGGGGAGAGUUUGCCGUUUCAAUUGUACGUUGAUCCGGCAGGGCAUCUGCAGGUUGGCAUGCCCAACAACGCGACGACUCGGCAUGUCAUGGUGCAGGAGCGCGACGUUGUCCAAGAGUUGAAGGACUUGCAAUGGCAGUUUCAGCAGCUUGCCCGGCGUCGUGCCACCAAUGAUCGUUUGGCCCGGCGUCUCAACGGUGGCUGGAUUCUCACCAGCCUUGAGCAAGUGGGCACCCAAGGUGCACCAACCCCACGCGCCCAAUACCGAUUUGGUAUAUCAGCCGACAUGGAUGGAGCCACCCUUGCCGUGGGAUCCCUGGCGGACAAUGAUCUGGGUCUUGAGGACGGCUCAAUCACCGUGUAUCGCCGUGACCCCGUCACUCGCCAAUACAACCUUCACUCCACCAUUGAGGCCCCCCACUUCAUCCCGUCGUUGCCCUCGCCCGUGGGUGUAGCUGUCGCCGUGGAAGGACCUCGUCUCGCAGCUGGCGCCUGGAGUCACGACUUUGUGACAGCCAACGAGGGCGCCGUUUACAUGUUCCACCUCGAAGAGGCGACGGACGAGUACAUGUACGAGCAGACCAUCAUGGCCCCCGUCCCCCAGCUUGGCGGUCGCUUCGGCGUCGAUGUGGAUCUUCAUCGCAAUUGGCUCGCUGUGGGUGCCCAUAGCGCCGACGAGGCAGGGGUGGCUUCGGGAGCCGCAUAUGUCUUCAAUGGCACAACGUUUUUCCAAAAGCUGACACCCGCCAACGCCCAAGCCGGGGACCAGUUUGGUAUAGCGGUGGCUCUCACCGACGACUACCUGGCUGUCGGCGCCUUUGGGCGUGACGACCACGGCAACAACUCGGGCAUCGUCUACCUCUUUCGCACCAACGCCACAGGGCAUUUUGAAGAACAUGCCCAGCUGUACUCACCCUUCCCGAUGGUCAACGAGCAGUUUGGCAUAUCGCUGGCCUUUGCUGACAACGUGCUCCUCGUUGGUGCAUACAGUACGGCACCCAAGGGAGCCAUCAAGGCGGGAGCCGUCUACACGUUCUUUAUCGAUGAAAUGGGCCUCGUCCACCCAGGCGCGCCGCUGCGCGGCCCCGGUGGUGGCAUUGCCAACGACUUGUUUGGCUCGGCCGUCGCGGCGACUCCCUUUGCCAGCACUGUAGUCGUCGGGGCCAUGGACCACACUGUUCAGCUCCGAGAUGACGCUGGGGGCAUCUUUUUUUUCGAGUGA